AUGGGGAGAGCAGAAGAGGGGCCCCGCGCGGAGGGAGCGGGCGAGGACUACAGCGCCCAGCAUGCUUUGCGCGCGCCGCCGUGCCGGGCGCCGCGGGGCACGCCGGGAGUUGUAGUUCGGCCGGCGGAGGAGCCGGUGCUGCUGGCAGAGCUGAAGCCCGGCCGGCCACAGCAGCACGACUGGAAGUCGAGCUGCGAGACGUGGAGCGUGGCCUUCUCGCCCGAUGGCGCCUGGUUUGCCUGGUCCCAAGGGCACUGCGUUGUCAAGCUCAUCCCCUGGCCGCUGGAGGAGGCCGAGCUCUGCAAGACCUUGGAGCGCAAGAGUGGCAAAGCGGAGGCGAGGAGCCGGGCAGGUGCCAAGGAGAAGACGCUGGAGUGCGGCCAGAUCGUGUGGGGCUUGGCCUUCAGCUCGUGGCCCCCAGCUGGCCCCCGCACCGCCGGCCUCCCCUGCCUUGUCCUGGCCACCGGCCUCAACGAUGGGCAGAUCAAGGUCUGGGAGGUGCAGACAGGGCACCUGCUCUUCAGCCUCCUGGGGCACCAGGACGUGGUCAGAGACCUGAGCUUUGCUCCAAACGGAAGCCUCAUCCUGGUGUCUGCUUCGCGGGACAAGACAUUGCGCGUGUGGGACCUGAGCAGGGAUGGGCGGCAGGUGCAAGUGCUGACGGGCCAUGUGCAGUGGGUCUAUUGCUGCUCCAUCUCCCCAGACUGCAGGAUGCUCUGCUCCGUCGCUGGUGAGAAAUCGGUGCUGCUGUGGAGCAUGCGGUCGUAUGCGCUCAUCCGGAGGCUGGAGGGCCACCAGAGCAGCGUGGUGUCGUGCGACUUCUCACCGGACUCGGCGCUCCUCGUCACCGCCUCCUACGACGCCUGCGUCAUCAUGUGGGACCCCUACACGGGGGAGCAGCUGCGCACGCUGCGCCAUGUGCCCCUGCAUCCGGGGCUGGAGAGUGGCAGUGACGUCCACACCAGCUCCCUGCGCUCCGUGUGCUUCUCCCCGGAGGGCUUGUACCUGGCCACGGUGGCUGACGACAGGCUGCUGAGGAUCUGGGCUUUGGAGCUGCGCUCGCCAGUGGCCUUCGCGCCCAUGACCAACGGCUUGUGCUGCAUGUACUUCCCGCACGGCCACAGCCUGGCCUCUCCCCGCAGGACCAGGGACGGCCACGUGCAGUUCUGGAGCGCGCCGCGGGCACUUGCCUCGCUGAAGCACUUGUGCCGCCGGGCCCUGCGCACCUUCCUCACCACGUACCAGGUGCUGGCACUGCCCAUUCCCAGGAAGCUCAAGGAGUUCCUCACCUACCGCUCCUUCUAGCGCAGCG